AUACUCCGCCACAGCCUGAAGUCGUCACGAAACUCUUCAAACCCAGCGAAUUAGUCAAUUACGACGCUCAAGCGGCCGAGCGAAUCCCAAUAAGUUGACGCAGUUAUACGCCAUUCCACUCAUCAUGCCGGUUUUCCCAUCCAAAAAGUUCCGGCCUGCAUCCUACCAAUCGACAAUCGCAGCACGAUAUCGCGCAGCACUUGCACGGCAUCCUUUCGCGCUAUUCGGUCUCCCAUUCAUAGCCACCAUGCUGCUUGGGAGCUUCUUCCUCACCCCCGCCACAGCCCUGCGAUACGAACGACAUGAUCGGAAGGUCAGGCAAUUGACGAAAGACGAGGAGCUUGGCCUAGGGAAGGAUAAGAGGAGGAUAGACUUGAAAGAGGAGUACUAUAAAUUGGCUGCUAAAGAUCUCGACAAUUGGGAGCAGAAACGUGUGAAACGACUCCCAGGCGAGCACGACGGCGUGUUUUGAACUUCUUUGAGACCCACGCUGCAGUAUGACGACACGUAGAACGAGUUCAUGAUGACCUGAGCAGUACACAAACUCAGUAUCAAGGCGCAUGACGAUUUCUGCGGCGCCCUCUCGAUGAGACCCGGCAGCGAGGCCAACGAGGCUUGGACGUUAUCCCACGAAGUCAACGCCAGUCGAUGGCGCGAUUUUUCAAUAAAGCGCCGGGUCUCGGCAUUCUGGCGAUCGAGCCCGCACGGUAGCGGCACCGAGAAUGCUUUCGAGACCUCAGAGAUUGCAUGAAGCAGGUCUCGCAAUGCGGUCAGCUCACUUGGCCUAUGAAUCCUCUGGCAUUGC